AUGAAAUUGGUUGAAUCUAAAGAUGCUCGUUAUGUUACCUUUUCAAAAAGAAAAGUCAGCUUGUUCAAUAAAGCUACUGAAUUUUCAUGUUUAACUGGAGCUGAGGUUGGCAUUUUCCUCAUUUCACCUAGUGGAAGGCCAUAUUCACAUGCAUCCACUACCAUUGAAAGCAUAACUCAUAAGUUUCUUCAAUGGAAACUUGAAAAUCCCAAUGUUGCUAAUGUGGAAAAAUCAAAUGUCUUUAAGACGUUUGAUGAUCUUUAUGAAGAAGUACAAAUUAUGAAUGAGAAGGAAAACAAUCGAAAAUGGAGGCAUAAGAUUUUGUACCCUGGUUCAGAAGCACCACCGGAUAAGCAGAGGUUAGAGCAAUUGGUAGCACAAAAGCUGCGCUUGGAAAAAAUAAAAGAAGAGGCAAAAAAUUAUGUUUUGGCUGAGAAAUUCGAGUUUGAUUUGAAUGUUGUCCCUGGUUCUGGAACUCACUAA